AUGGGUGCUGGUAUGGGAAUCUCGAAGUUUGGCCGUUACCGUCCUUGGUUCUUUCUUGGCACGGCUGCCUUUGCCAUCUCAUUCGGGCUCUAUAGCCGGCUCGAUGAGAAUUCAUCCGCUGCGUAUUGGGCUGGAGCACAGUGCAUCGGUGCUGCGGGAGUUGCUUCGGCGGCGUUAUGGGUUGUGGCCAUUCCAGCUGCCAUUUUCAACUCCCGCGACAAUGAGCUGCUCGUUCGGAUCGAGGACUCUAAUGUGCGAGAGCGUUUGGCCAACGGUGGAGCCUACGCCUUAGCCACGGGCGGCUUCAUGUCUUCGCUGAACCAGAACCCGGCCCUGAAAGCUGUGAUGAAGAGCAUUUACGUGGACAGCUUGAAGCGCUGCUGGCAAGUCGCCAUCGGAUUCUCCCUUCUCGGCUUAGUGGUUGGUAUGACGAUAAAGCAAGUCGCCCUGCGGACGGAUCUACAGACGGAGCUUGGGAUAGAGAAGGACGACGAGAAAAUCAAGGAUGAGACGCGUGAAGGCGGGGAUGAGCCACCAGGGUUUGACACGGUUAUAUUUAGUGGCAAUGACAAUGACGGAGGGGAUCAAACCGAGGGGCAAAUCACUGUCACGAAAGACUUGGAUGUGGUAAAAGGAAGUGAGAGCCCGGCUUGA